UCAGUACUGCAUCAUUUUCAACAGACUAAUGAGUAGGUCAAUAGGAGGACCCGAUUUUUGAUUGCUUAUCAGAUCUUCCAAUUUUUGAUAUUUUUUCCUGUUAGUCAUAGUUCACGCAUUGUGCUACAAGAUGCUUAAUUUCUUGUGAUACAGGGUGGCGGGUGCUGUGAUUUGUAUUUGAUUUGUAUUUGUGAAUUAAAGAAAAGGUUUCUUCAAGUUACGACGGUACGUUACGUCUGUCUGUUGAUUUAUCCAACGGCUUGCAAGGCAGCAAUCUACGUAUCAAAAAUUCUCUAACAUACAGCAUACGAUUACACAGUUCAGUUUCAUCGAAGGACCAUGUCGCUCUGCAGCAUUGCACUGAGCCGUUCCUUGGCGCACCAGUUGCGCAUCACCAGCUGCAGUUCUCUGCCCGUACAUCGUGAUGGUUUUGCGUCGUUUUCUGGAAAUGGAAUUUUACCAGCUAGCAAAACUGCAGGCUGCGAUGAGUUUUUGCCAAGGAAGGGAAUGCCGAGUAUCUUCGUAAGAGGUGUGCAGUCGACAGCUUCAGGCCAGGAACAAGAAGUAAAGCGUAAACGUCCGCCAACGGCCUACAAUCUCUACUUGAAGAGCGAGCUGCUGGCGCACCGCGGUGGGAAAAAAGGUGAACACAAGGAAGCGUUUAUUUCAGCUGCGAAGAACUACAAACGCCUCAAGACAGCUGAGAAGAAAAAGUUCGAAGAUCAAGCGGCUCAACUGAGAGAGGAAUAUUCACAACAGAAGGCGGCUGAGGAGGGACCCAAGCGUAGCCUAUCCUCGUACAAUUUCUACGUUCGUGACCAAGCACCUAAUCGUCCGAAGGACCAGAAGAUGGCAGACUACGUGAAGGUGUUGGGAAAGCAGUUCCAACAACUGGAUUCCGCCGAGCGGGCCAAGUACGAUCAACUCCACGCCAAGGACGUUGCACGGUACCAGGAAGAAAAAGCAGCCAUGCCAGAAAAGCCUAAAUCAUACAAGCGCCCUCCCACAAGCUAUGCGUUAUUUCUCGUCGAUUACGGCAAAGCUUCCAGAGGAAGCGGAAAAGCCAUGCUGUUAAGUGAUGCCGGCGUGGAAUGGAGGGCUAUGGAUGACGCCCGUAAAGCGAAGUAUGAAGAUCUCGCAAAAAUUGCUAAGGAGGAGUUUAAGAAGGCUAAGGGAGGCCAGAAGCCGAAUGAGCAGAAAAAGAAGUAACUUUCAUUAAAUGUUGGAAUGUUUCCCAUUCUGUUAGGUAGGAAAUGUUUUGAUUUUUUUACACUGACUGGUAGCGCUCUCUGGACAACGUUCCUGCUGUACAACUUUGUUGAUAACUUGAUAUCGUGUAACGUGUUUCUUGAUGCCUUCUCAUUUGCAGCAUUUAUGCAAAGUUUUGCGUUCCACGCUUGAUGUUCUAAGGUGGGCUAUCAAUAAUAAUCUUCUAGCUGCAUUCGA